GAGGUGGAGGAGAAGAAGGAGGAGGAGGCGGAGGUAGUGGUAGUGGUGGAGGACGCUAGGAGCGCCGCGGGGCGAGGAAGGGCCCCUGACGAACUCAGCACCGUCGACGAUCGAGCAGCACCGAUAAAUAUGUCGUCCCCCAGCGCCGGCAAGCGACGCAUGGACACGGACGUUAUCAAACUAAUAGAAAGCAAACACGAGGUGACAAUCCUAGGGGGACUAAAUGAAUUCUCCGUUAAGUUCUACGGUCCACGAGGGACGCCCUAUGAGGGUGGGAUAUGGAAGGUGAGGGUUCAUCUACCAGAGCACUACCCUUUCAAAUCUCCUUCGAUCGGUUUCAUGAACAAGGUCUACCAUCCCAACAUUGACGAAGUCUCGGGCACGGUGUGUCUAGACGUUAUAAACCAGGCUUGGACUGCCCUUUACGACUUAUCGAAUAUUUUCGAAUCUUUCCUGCCUCAGUUGUUAACAUAUCCCAAUCCAAUCGACCCCUUGAACGGCGAUGCUGCCGCGAUGUAUCUUCACAAACCCGAAGAAUAUAAGAAGAAGGUGGCGGAUUACGUCAGGAAGUACGCGACGGAGGAGGCACUGAGGGACCAGGAGAACGGCGGCACCGGCAACGGGAUGUCCUCCGACAGCGAGUCGUCGAUGAGUGAUUUCAGCGAGGACGAGGCGCAAGACAUGGAGUUGUAACCAAAUAUAUUACCAUCCGCGCGUACCCAUAUCCUUAAUCAUCUCGAUUCCCUGUAAGAUCCCCGAUCGCUCGUCCUACUACCAAAUAGAUGCUUACACCCGAGACUCCGAGCCUCACUUCUGGUGAUGGCGACGAGCCCCUCUUACACUCGUCGCUGCUCUCGUCGCCCGUCGCUCGUGAAUAUAGAGGGAUUGGUGAUUGACCAUCCCCGGUUCGACGAGAGUGAAAGUGACGGAGACGAACGAGGUAAAAAAACAGAGAAUCGCGCCCUUCUUAUCGAGGGCGCAUCCGGAAGGGCGCAUCCCGAAGGGCGUUUUCUACUACGACGACAAUGUCUCUCGCAGUCGUCCAAGCUCUCGCUUGAAUUAAGUCAUUAAUCGUUCGCUGCGUUUAAUUGCCAUGGUCACGACGACGACAAUGAUGACGCGCUCGUUACGACGACAAUUUUUGGCACGGACGAAGUUUCGUGAUCUCUGAUCACGUAUCAUCUCGAGAAUCAAAUGUUUUUCACUUUCCAGUGCAAAGAAGAAAAAGGAAAAAUGUGAGGCAAAAA